CAGCAGCUUCUGCUUGCUCUGGGGGGAAGGAGAGAGAGAGAGCGAGAGAGAGAUCUAGUAGAGAGGCUAGCUAGGUGGUCCUCGAACGAAGAUGUUGGCGGUGUUCAGCGGGCAGGUGGUGGAGGUGCCGGCGGAGCUGGUGGCGGCGGGCAGCCGGACGCCGUCGCCCAAGACGAAGGCGUCGCAGCUGGUGGGGCGCUUCCUGGCCGCCUCCGAGCCGGCCGUGUCCGUGCAGCUCGGCGACCACGGCCACCUCGCCUACUCCCACACCAACCAGGCGCUCCUCCGCCCCAGGUCGUUCGCGGCCAAGGACGAGGUGUUCUGCCUGUUCGAGGGGGUGCUGGACAACCUGGGUCGUCUGAGCCAGCAGCACGGGCUGUCAAGCAAGGGCGCCAACGAGGUGCUCCUCGUCAUCGAGGCCUACAAGACGCUGCGCGACCGCGCGCCCUACCCGGCCAGCUUCAUGCUCGCCCAGCUCACCGGCUCCUACGCCUUCGUCCUCUUCGACAAGUCCACCAACUCCCUGCUAGUCGCAUCCGACCCCGAGGGCAGGGUGCCGCUCUUCUGGGGGAUCACCGCCGACGGCUGCGUCGCCUUCUCCGACGACAUCGACAUGCUCAAAGGCUCAUGCGGCAAGUCGCUCGCGCCGUUCCCGCAAGGCUGCUUCUACUCCAACGCCCUCGGAGGGCUCAAGUGCUACGAGAACCCCAAGCACAAGGUCACCGCUGUCCCCGCCGACGAAGAAGAGAUCUGCGGUGCCACUUUCAAGGUGGUGGAAGGCUCUACUGUCCUGACGGCGCUGCACUGAUCGGUCAUCAGCUGGCGGAGGCGAUGCGAUGAUGAUGCAGAACUUUGUACAUGCGUUGGUGGAUGGUGGUGUAACAUAGUGGCUGCCAACAAGUCAUGCUCAUGCAAACCGAUGAAUCUAUCUCUGUAUCAUCGAUCUCGGUUGCUUGCUAGUCCAGACUCCAGACAUGGCUAUAUAUAUAUAGCUGGUGCUAAUAAAUAGGAGUAUAAUCGUCAUAUCGAUCGGUUGCGUGUGGAAUGCCAAUCAUGUGUGUAAUCUGUUGGCAAAUAACAAACCUCUGUUCCUCCC